CUGUACUGGCUUAGCUAGCUAAGUAAUUCGGUUUAUGAUAGGUUGUGAAAGUGGAAAGUACCUCCUUGGAAAUCCCCAAUGGCUUUUCCUUGUUGACAUCAAUUUGAAAUCUUUUGAGUAGCUAGAUUAAAUCCUACACUGUGUUUUUUAGCUCCUGUAACGUACGCUCGCUGAAAGAGGUUGAAUGUCUGAAGGCGCCAUGGACUACUAGGCUACUCUAGGGUACAUUGAUUGAAGUACCUGCCAGGCAGUGGAGUCAGAGCGUCUUAUGGGCUUUGUUGCUGGAUACCGACAUAUUGAACAGAGAUAAACUGGUUUCCCAUUCCUUUUCGAGAACACAAUGUCCCAGGGCCAGAACUUCCUGCCCAAGUUCCUCUUUGUCAGUAACCUCCUAAAGGCUGUGAAGAUCCGGGAGCGUGUACCCAAUGACGUGGUGAAGCCUUCGGCCAGCGGUGGCCAGCUACAUCACCUGCGGGGCAUGCACCGCUACACCCUGGAAAUGAUCUGCAUGAACCAGUUCUCACAGUCAUUCCGUGAGGUGAUCCAGUCAGCCAUCUUGGACCGGUGCAUGCAGACGUCUCUCGAACAGGAGAAGCGGCUGAACUGGUGCCGGGAGGUCAAGAAACUAGUGCCGCUCCGGACAAAUGGUGAUGGGAACUGUCUGCUGCAUGCAGCCUCGCAGUACAUGUUGGGCGUGCAGGACACAGACCUGGUCUUGCGGAAGGCCCUUUACGCCGCUCUCAAAGAGACAGACACAAGUGGUUUCAGAGCACGCUUUCAGACAGAACUACUGCAUUCCCAGGAGUUCACCCAAACUGGCCUGCGCUAUAGCACUAAGAACUGGGAAGAGGAAUGGGAGAAGAUAGUUAAUAUGGCAUCUCCUGCGUCCAGCAGUAAUGGCCUGCGGUUUGACUCCCUGGAAGAUAUUCACAUCUUUGUGCUGUCAAAUAUCCUGCGUAGGCCAAUUAUAGUCAUUGCAGCUCAAGUGGUAAGGAGCAUGAAGUCAGGCACCUCCUUUUCACCUCUCAACUUUGGUGGAAUUUACCUGCCUCUUCACUGGUCCCCAGAAGACAGCUACAAGUAUCCUAUAGUGCUUGGUUAUGACUCGCAACACUUUGCCCCCCUCAUCACAGUCAAAGACAGUGGCCCAGAGCUUCGGAUGGUACCACUGAUAAACCCUGGCAGGGGAGGCUUCGAGGAGUUGCGUGUCCAUUUCCUGACUGAGGAGGAGAAGCAGCGGAAGGAAAAGCUGCUCAGUGACUACCUAAUAGUCAUGGAGAUCCCCACUGGCCUGGGCUAUGAUCCUACACGGAUGAUCAAGGCAGCCCGACUUGAUGAAGGCAACCUACCUGAAGACAUGAACCUCAUGGAGGACUACCUGCAGCUGGUCAGUCACGAGUUCAAGCUGUGGAAUGAGGACAAGGAAGCCCCAAGGGCACCCCAGUCACAGUUCUCUGUCUCUCAGCUGUCCCUGAUUGAGAUCCGCUGUGCCACACCCCGCUGCACUUUCUAUGUUUCGGUGGACACGCAGCCACACUGCCAUGAGUGCUUCGAAAAGCGCCAGGCAGGCAGGAAGCUGGAGGCCGUGACCAACCAUGUCAACUCGCCAUCGGAACCUGAGGGUUGUGGUGGGAGGUCAGCCCCGUCAGAGCGCUCUGUGCUGGCCAGCCCUCGCUCAGCACCACCGACGGCACCCAGCCUGAGCCUCUACAGCGAGACGCAUGCCAUGAAGUGCAAGACGCCUGGCUGCCUGUUCACACUCAGCGUGGAGCAUGAUGGCCUGUGCGAGCGCUGCUUUGCCUCCCGUCAAAGCCGGCUGGCAGGCAACAGGCCAACCCAGGGCCCCUCCCAUGGCUGGGGCCACGCCCAGUGGGCAUUGAGCACGCGGGAGCGGGAAAAGGAGAGGGAACGGGAUGCAGAGCGAUGUAGCCUGUGCCGGCAGGAGACCUAUCGGACGUUCAAUGGCAUUUGCGGGCCCUGCAUGCAGAGGCCUGGUGUGACGGAGAGACCUGACACCCAGCAGCAGGAGUCCCGAAUAGAUGGUUCGGUGUGGGCUCCACUGAGGGACCGCUCAGGCACUGCUGGCCAUGGCUGGCACACCCAGACAGCACGCCAGUGCAAGCGAUCGGGCUGCCAGUUUUUUGGGACACAAGAGAAGCUAGGAUUCUGCACCAUAUGUUAUGUAGACUAUCAGACCAAUCACCAGGCAGCUCCUGCAGUGGUGCAGCCCAGACACACGUCGGAGGCGGGCUUCCAGAACGUCCGUUGCCGGGGCCAGGGCUGCGGCCUGGCCGGCAAGGCCAUGCUGGAGGGCUACUGCAACAAGUGCUACGUGAAGGAACAGAGCACCAGGCUCAACCAAGCCGCCAGCAGGGGCUCCAGCUCCCCUCCAGUCAUGCGCGCCUCCAAACCGCGUCCGCUGCCAACACUCAGCCAGGUUCAGUGCCGGCGCAACGGCUGUAAGAAUGUGUCCCCUGGCUGUACGGACCUGUGCCCGGACUGCCUGAGCCGAGGGCAGCGCGAGGGCCGCAGAGCCCAGGCACCCAAGGAGAAGAGCAAGCAGCGCUGCCGGACGCAGGGCUGCGACCACUACGCCAACCAGGAGAAGCAGGGCUACUGCAACGAGUGCGACCACUUCAAGCAGAUCUAUCGAGGCUGAUGCAGCACACAGACUUCCCGUCUGAAAACGGGGACCCGGAGCUGGCGUGCCGGCAAGCGCACAUGCAUGAACGUUCCCACUGGAGGGGUCCAGCGCACAGAGCGAGCGGAUUUUUCUCGAGUAGGGCUGACGGGCCAGUUGGCGCUGCGGACCUGGAGAUUACCUCUCAAGCAAAAUUUUUAUCAUUUUCUAUCAUGUGUAUAGGCAGGGGUAUUGACACAAAGAAACUGAUGAUACACUGGCAUCCAGUCGCAUACAUCUGUGGUAUCUGUGAUUAAUAUCGAACAGGGUAUUAGAUUGUAAACAAUUUGUACAUUGCCAAACAGUUUGGGGGAAAGCAACUUCAAAGGAUCCUUGAUUGAUUUUUUUUUUUCUUUCCUGAUUGUGAGCUGAAAACCCAGCAAAAUUUGACCAAAGUUACUUAUGAAUAUGAAUAUGAAUAUGACCAAGCCAAUGUACAUUGCCACUGUGGACUGCAGUAAGCCAGUGGGGCUUGUAGAAAAUACAGGAGACAUAGCUACAGGGUUUCAGAGGCCUCAGAGACAGCAUUUGAUAGUUUUUCAUACAGUAUAGGUUAAGUGCCAAUGAGAUUGCAAAGCAGAGCUUCAAUUUAAUUUAUUGCUGCACCAUUUGACAAGUGCUGGCAGUAUGGACCUGUUGCCUUUGAGAUUUUUUUUGUGUGUGUCCUACUUGCUCUUGAAACUUAAUCACCUGAUUUUGCCUUGACAUCUUUUUGCUCAGAAAUUGUUUGUUUGUUUGUUUACUGGUCAUGACACUGGGCAGUGUUGGACACGUUCUAACAUUUUUGAGUAACUUUUAAACAGAAAUUCCAAAGUGCAAUAAAACAGGUUCUUCACCAUACCUCCUUAAGCAACAGCAUGUGAUCACUCACACCCAAAGCAAGCUAAAUAAAGUGGGUGGGAAUGGCAUCUAAAAGGAAGAAAUACAGCAAGAAUGUUAAUAGGGAGGAACCAUAACAUAAAGUAAAAUCCCCUUCAGGAAAGAAAUCUUAUUUCCUAUAUUUAAAAAAACAAGUACUCCAAAAAAGCAGUGAUCAGAAGAGGACACAUCUGUGAGUUAUAAGCCCCCUCUUAGAUCUGUGAAUACCCUGUCUAUGUUUCUCUUUAUUUGGCAAUGGAGCUUCACUCCCUUGGCUGUAUUUCUCUGCUACAUUCACAUAAUGCCUCUACUAUGUACAUUUGGUAUGCAAAAAUGUGUCUAUUUGACUAUGGAUACCAGCACUUGCAUAGAAAUGAGCAUGGAAAAAUUCUUGGCUACUGUGGCUUCACUGAGAAAAGAACAUCUGCGUAAUACAUUCCCAUUUCUAAAGUCUAAUAUUGUAGUAACACAUAUAACUUGUGGUGACACAAGAAAUAGAACCAUGUGGGCCCAUAUACAGAACUAUGCUUUAGUCAAAUGACACAUUCAAGAAAAAUUCAGUCAGAUCAUGAGUAGGAAUUAAGAGCGUUUGCUCUUCAACUACUGGAUCUGAAUUCAUUACAGAUUACCACAAAUUUGCACAAUAUUAAUACGCUGCUCUGGAAUUAGUUGAGGUACUUCUGACUUCUGACAUUGACAUUCCAACCUAAAUACAAAAUACAAAUUUGUGCAAACUUUCAUAUAAUGUAUGAAAAUUUUUUUCUUCCUUUUAUGGGGAGGGGGUGUUGUUUGGUAUUUAUUCACAGCAAAUAUUAUCUGUAUUGUGUUUCAACAAUUAUUUAUAUGUUGUUCUGGAAUAAAUUAUUUUUAAUAAGAAAAGUUAA